AUGGCCUCCUCGCGUAUAUUCGUAAAGGGUCUUCCUCCCACAUUCACCGAUCCCGACUUCAGAAAGCAUUUCUCGCAGAAUGGACGAACUAUCACAGACGCAAAAAUCUUCCCCAACAGGAGAAUCGGAUAUGUUGGGUACAGGACACCGGAGGACGCACAAAAGGCCGUCAAGUACUUCAACAAGACCUUCAUCCGCAUGAGCAGAAUAGGAGUCGAGCUGGCAAGGCCAGCCGAGGUGACGAAAAGUGUCAAGGGCGGCGGCAAUGCCCCCACUGCCAAGAAAGAAAUACUAGCAGACGAGGUACAAAGCACCGAGAACACAUUGAAGCGCAAGAGAGAUGGCAGUGGCAAAGAGAAGGAAGACCCGAAGCUGAAGGAAUUCCUAGACGUUAUGAAGCCGAAGAGCAAAAGUAAGGCAUGGGAGGGUGAAAAGCUGGAGGCCGAAGCCGAAACAACCCACCUCGGUGAUGAGGACAUAAUCGCUCCUGCUGUAGCGGGCGAAUCCGAUGACGAAUACGAGGCGAUCCCGAAAAAGCUGAAGCGUUCGAGGUCCGAAGAAGCCAUUGUGAACGAAGUACCAAGCGAUGUGGUCAUGGAACAAGAUCCCGUCCCUGCAUCGCGUGAACGAACUGCGGACGAUGGCGCAGAGAUCUCGAAGGAGCAGCAACAAAUAAGCCAACAGGGCGUGUCGGAUGCUGACUGGGCGAGAUCAAGAACGAGCAGAUUGCUUGGUCUACUGGACGAUGACGAAGAAGCGGCAGCAGCCGAGAUGACCAAGGCAACAGUCGCAGAGCCUGCUGAAGAAAACGAAGGCUCUCCAGCGGCUCAUGAUGAUCCGAAUGAAGCGCAAAUGCCUAUUCCAACGCCACCAGAUGACCUGAAGGAUUCGACGGAGGAAUCGAACAAGGAACCUGUCGAUGCCGAUAUUCAAGCUGUGCGCGCCAGCAUGCGGCUCUUCGUCCGCAAUCUCCCAUACGACGUGCAACAGGGGGACCUAGAGACCGAGUUCGCUCCAUUCGACAAUCUUGAGGAGGUAUGUACCGAAAAUUUCUUUCAAUCCGUGUUCUAUGAUGAUCAUCCAGAUAGGGACAGCUUAUGCUACGGCAUUUGAUGUGAGAGAAUGGGAGCGUAUUUUAGUAGAUGCUUGCUCGUGUCUGAUCCAGAACCUUGUCACCGAUACGAUGAAUGGAGUCUGCAUCUGUAUCAAUGCUGACCAGCACUACCUAGGUUCACAUCGCUCUCGAUAAGAAAACCGGCGCGGGAAAGGGUUUUGCUUAUAUUCAGUUCAGUGAUCCUGAUUCAGCUGAGCGCGCGCUGGUUGAUAGGGACGGGCAGACCUUCCAAGGGAGAUUGAUACAUGUUUUGCCUGCAAAGGCCAAACGCGAGAACAAACUCGACGACUUCGCCUUAUCAAAGUUGCCGCUCAAGAAGCAGCAAGAAAUCAAACGCAGACGAGAUGCCGCCACCUCCACUUUCAACUGGAACGCGCUGUACAUGAACGCCGACGCAGUCGUUUCAAGCGUGGCUAAUCGACUCGGGUUGUCCAAGUCCCAAGUGCUUGAUCCGACCAGCAGUGACGCUGCGAUAAAGCAAGCGCACGCGGAGACCCAUAUAAUCCAGGAGACCAAGACUUAUUUCCGGCAGCAAGGUGUCGACCUGGAUUCCUUCAAGAAAAGUCGACGUGGCGAUACUGCGAUUCUGGUCAAAAACAUUCCAUAUGAUUGCAGCAAAGAUGAGUUGAAGCGAUUGUUCGAGGAGCAAGGAGACGUGAAGAGAUUUCUCAUGCCGCCCUCAGGUACCAUUGCCAUUGUGGAAUUCGCGAACGCGACUCAAUGCAAGGCUGCAUUUGGCGCGCUCGCGUACCGGAAAAUCAAAAGUUCUGUCCUGUUUCUCGAAAAAGCACCAGAGGAUACUUUUGCAGCCAAGACGACCGCGGAGAUAUCCGAGUAUACGCCAGAUGGUGUCAGUAAAGUGUCUGCUACCGAUCUCAAAGGUCCAGAGUACACGGUACCGGAGACUGGCGGUACUGCAACACUGUUUGUGAAGAACCUCAAUUUCAGCACCACAACACGGCUCUUGACCGAUACUUUCACGCCGCUUGCAGGCUUCAUGUCUGCUCGCGUUAAAACAAGGACCGAUCCAAAGAAGCCCGGGCAGGUACUGAGCAUGGGCUUUGGCUUUUUGGAGUUUAGAACAGCACAGGAAGCACAGGCUGCUUUGCAAACCAUGGACGGGUACAACCUGGAGGGCCAUAAGCUUCAAGUUCGUGCACGCCAUAGAGGCGCCGACGCUGCCGAAGAGACCAGAAAAGCCGAUGCCUCAAAGAAGGCAGCUACACAAGGCACUAAAGUCAUCAUCAAGAAUUUGCCAUUCGAGGCAACCAAGAAAGAUGUGCGCGCUUUGUUUGGAGCGUAUGGACAGCUGCGUAGCGUGCGAGUACCGAAGAAGAUGGAUCGUGGUGCUCGCGGGUUCGCUUUCGCCGACUUUACAACCACGAAGGAGGCACAGAGUGCUGUGGAAGCUCUCCGUGACACCCAUUUGCUCGGUCGACGGCUGAUACUUGAUUUCGCUGCCGACGAGCCCGAAGAUGCCGAAGCGGAAAUCGAAAAGAUGCAAGAGAAGGUUGGAGCUCAAGUCAAUAAGGUUGCACUGCAGAAGCUCACAAGUGGUGGACGGAAGAAGUUCACUACGCAAAACGACGAAGAGGAGGGAUGA